AUGCCUGUUCAACGAACCUUCUUUGGGACACCCAUACCUCAUGUCCCUCCUCGUCGCAUGGCCGUUCUUCUCGGCACCAUUGCAGUUUUCGCUGUUAUUACACUAGUAUUUACUCUGCCCAACUCGAUACCAUCCGGCCCAUCACUCGGCAGAUUUACAGACCAUCGCAUGUCAUUACCCAAACUUCCCAAACAAUUGCCUUCACCGAGUAUCCUCAAUCCAUUCCGACAAGCAGCACAUGCUCCACCGGUUCAGAAGAAUAGUGAAUACGGCGAAUCGAAAUGGCAUGCUAAUUGGAAUUGGCUGAGUCCAUUUUCAUCAUCGGUGACUUUAGACGAAAAUCGAUCCCUACUACCACCUCUCGUUGAACGUCCAACCAUUUAUACAUACUACGAUCAUACAAUAGAAAAGGACAAUGAGUUGAAAGAUGCGGAGAAUGCACUCUUGGUCACUUGGAGACGGGCAUGGUGGGCGCAAGGCUUUAAACCCAUUAUUUUGAGCCCUGCAGAAGCCAUGAACAAUCCAUUAUAUCCCGAAUUACAACGACUUGAAGUCGAAAAUUCCUUGAAAACAGAUCUGACGAGAUGGUUAGCUUGGGAAAACAUGGGAACCGGAUUACUUUGCAAUUACCUCACGCUUCCAAUGGGUCCUUACGAAGACCAAACUCUGAGUUAUUUGAGAAGAGGAGUAUAUCCAUUAUUGACGAGAUAUGAAAAAAUGGGAAGUGGUAUCUUUGCAGGAUCCAAGGCGGAUAUUACAGCAGCUGUCAAAGCGGCUUUAGCAAACCCAAGUUUGAAAGAUGCCAAAGAUUUUAUUAGUGCUGUCCCAACAGAUACUUUCAAGAUCGAUCCUUCUCAUGAUUCCUUGGCUUUCUAUCAGACCAAAACUCUCGAGGAGAAAUAUCCACAAGUUGCGAAAGAGUAUGAAGGGAAUAAAGCAGCGGGUAUGAAAUUAUUGAACAAUCUGAUGAUAUCUCAUCUUCAUCAAACAUGGCAAAACAUCUUUACCAAAGGAAUUUCCGUCGUUAAACCGGAACCAGAACAUAUGUCAUAUGUUGUUGAACCAGCUUUACAACUCGCUGAAUAUCUUGCACAAUGCCCCGAUUCGCCAAUGCCAGCAUCUUGCCCUCCAAAUCGACCAAAGUGCAAGCCAUGUGUCGCUUCGUCUCCGAUGACAAUUACUACCCCUGCUUUCUACCGCAAUACAUCAGGUCUUUAUACUAUCGGAACUGUUCCCCAUCCUUACACAAUGUCUACAUUGACCAGCUUCCAAGAAAGUAUUGAUGUUCCGUGGAUCAGACGAGAGUCUCCUCGUGAUGCUUGGCUCUCAACACUUACCAAAGAACUUCUCGGUACAGGUGUUUCGGGUACUCCACGAAUCAUUAAAUUUAAAGAGGCAGUCGCUAGUCCUCAUGGAACAUCCCAUUCCCUCUGGCUCACAGCCGAGAAGGAAGUUCCCUCGGAUCUAGACUGGCAUUUCGGCUUCACCAUCCCUCGCAAUGCAACCGACACGGGAAAAUCAGAAACUCCAGUCCCAGGUCCAGAACGUAGACCAAAACCAGUUCACGAUCCAAAAGACGGGCCAAUACCCACUGAGGAGGAUAAGAAUAAGGAAGCACUUUUGUUGGAAAAAGCAAAAGCAUUUGGUGGGAGCACUGUAAAGGAGGAUUUGAAGAUUAGGGGGGCUGUUGAGGCGUGGAACCUAGCCGAUACAGAAGCGUGGAGAUUUGCGAGGGCUUUUCUAGCGAGAUCAAGAGUCGAGAGGUUAAAGUGGGAAGAGGAGGAGAAGAAAUAUGCUGGUGGUGCGGGGGCUGAGAGGGGAAAAGAGAGUGGAUGGGGCAGAUGGUUUGACGAUAAAUAG